UCGACCGGAAUGCGGUGGGCCAUCAAACGUCUGCUGGCCAGGAAGGACAUCGCCCAGGACGAGAACUUCCAGUCCGAGGUCCGAGCCCUGAUGGCGCUUGACCACGACAACAUCGUCCAUCUGAGCGAGGUCAUGAUGUGUCCGAAACUCGCCUGCCUCGUGAUGGAGCUGGCGCCCAUGGGGAGCCUUGAAAUUCUGGCAGCGCGAGCCAGAGAAAAAAUCGGGACUACUUUCAUACAGACGUCAUUCCGACAGCUCCUGUCCGCCGUGGAGUAUUGCCACGGUUUAGAGAUUGCUCACAGGGACAUCAACCCGAGUAAUGUGCUCGUCUUCAGUGAAACUCUGGUCAAACUCGCGGACUUCGGGUUGUGCUUCCGUUGUUCUGAUGUCGUCAACGGCAACGUCAUCUUGUGUUCGGAUUAUCUGGGCCAGGACGCAUACCUGGCACCGGAAGUCAAGGCCCUGCAGCCGUACUCAGCCAAACCGGCAGACGUGUGGAGUAUCGGAUGUGUCCUCUACUUCCUGGCCACCAUCACCAGCCCGCCCGGCAACGCCAACGACUUGUUGGUCAAGAUAAGUCAAGUAGAAUCCAGUGACGCUCUUCCCUCUGGUAACAACUACAGA